AUGCCGGAGGAACUUUUUUUGCCACCUGCUUGCAUUUUUGAAGGUGAAAAUAAAAAAUCUGAAUACUCAGAUGGAAUGCCUCCAGGUACCCAAGUUUUCAUGUCAGAAAAGUCAGCUUACAUAACAUCUGCACUCUUUUUAGAAUGGCUUCGAAGCCACUUCGUGCAAAGGAAACCACCUGGCAAGGUUUUGAUAACAUGCGUUCUAAAUUCUUCCCAGCAUCGAGAUACUCAAGGCCAGAGUCUCCCGGGAAUCCCCGGAGAACGCCAGCCGUCGGUCCACCCAGGACUGGCGGAAAUAGCAGUCCAUCGAGUAGGUCUGCGUGAAAAGAAAUCUGCAAGUGUUUCAUCACAAGUGCCUUCAACAUCUCAUGCACGUCCAACAAGUCCAACUGCCUUCAAGCCUGCCUCAAAUAAAAGAAGUAAGACUUCUAAACAAAAUAAGACCCAAACAGACUUCAUGAAUUACUGCAAGAAUCAGCUUGAAAGCAAAAAUGAAAUUGAUGAAUUUGAUGCAGCCGCAAUUUCGUGGGCGAAAAAAAUUAAAAAGAUGAAUCCAACUCAGGCUAUUUAUGCAGAUAUGCUUAUCAAUCAAGUUGUAAAUAAAGGAUUAUUAAACCAAUUAACCGAGACAACGAUAAUUAUGCAACAAUCACCAGUUCCACUUCCACUUUUCUCACCGCCUAGCCCAUAUAGUGUUGCUUCAUCAAAUUCUUCAUUACAUCGUCCAGAAAGAACAUCUCGAUUACAUGCUUUAGAUUCAGCAAGUAUAACAGCUUACUAUGAGCAAGCUAGUCAGGAUUUUAGUAAUUAA